AUGCCCGGACGCAUCACUGCCUACGCUGUCGGCAUCACCGAAGACGGCCGUGACAACGGCGAUAAUCACUACCGGAUCACUGCUUCUAGCGAGGAGGCUCUUGAGAGUUGGACUGCGGUUAACAAGAGCUUCUUGGUUAAGAAUGUUGAUAACCGCUGGUUUGUUUACAAGUUCAAGGCGUUCCCGAACCUCUUCAACUCCUGGAUGGAGCUUCCAGACAAGUAUACCGGGGAGGUUAUCGUUGAGCACUUGCACAACCCUCUUCUUUGUCUCAAGAAGCCCCGCGCUUAG